AUGAGUACGGUGAUAAAACUCCCCGAUGGAAGCUUCCGCCUCUACAGCAAAGGAGCCUCCGAGAUCCUGCUGAAGAAAGGCAGCAGACCUGAGUCCAGGCUGGGUGGGGAGGUUUGGAUAAAAAGGACUAUAAAAAGGACUAUAAAAAGGACUGUUUCUGUUCAGGUGCUCCUACAUUUUGGACCCUAA